GUCCAGCAGGUGACAUUACAAAGACAUCACAUGAUGAGGAAAGUGACCAAUGCUCAGGAGAAAGAAUGGCAUAAUUGUUUACCGUGCUCAAAUUUCCAAGUAAUGGAACAACAUAAAGGUGACUUUCAGCCAAUAGGUUCCUCUGACAUUCACAGUUCAUUUCAGAACCAUCACUACAGGUACCCAUCCAAGAUACUCCUUAAGCCAAUAACUGCCUUACAUCCUGAAGAACGUACAAUACAGAAAAUAGUUGUAGACCUUCGACCUGCUCUGGGACAGGUCCUGAACACAUGCGAGGAAGAAUACAAUAGUUCUAGUGAUGAGCCUCCACUUGUAUGGGCUAAAACAUCAGAGCAGCAAGAGGCAGUGAAAGAACAGCAAGAAAUAUUAUCUUCAUCCCAGGGCACUGCAUCAGAGGAGUUCAGAAUCUAUCUACCACCAAUCGCACAAAGCCAAGUUGAGCACUUAGACGCUCCAGUGAAACUGGCUAGGAUGAAUUUAGCAUCGGUAUCUAAUAAUGGGACUAUAACAUGUCAUCCUGAAGACAAAUCAGGGAUGUUGCCUCCAGUUUGCUUCCCCAAACUUAUUGUAAGUCAAGAACCAAUGAAGAAGAUGCCAGAAAAGCAGGUACAACAAAGAAAUAUGUCUGCAAGAUGGAUAGGUGUGGAGAAACUACAGCUGCCACUUUCUGAACUAGUUAAGGUAAUAAGUAGACAGACAGACUAUAGACAUCACACACUCAUUAACCAGGUGCUCCACUCCCUUCGAGAGAGGCGGAAAGUUUAGAGAACCAGCCUCUUUGUGUGGUCAGACUGUGAAUGUACAGCUAUGUGAGUUAUGAAUAAGCAGUUUAAAAAACACUGCUGUCAUUGAUGUCACAGGAAGCAAGAUAUGUUGCAGAAAGUAGAAAUAGUUGGAACACGUGUGGAACACGUGACAACACACAGAUAUCAAGUAGAAUAUUAUUCCAGUAAUAUUACACACACAUGGAAGAAAAGAAGCUGAACAUUUAAAGCUUUAUGCUGAUGCAAAAUCUAGUAGAAGUGACUACAGAAUACAUGUAUCCCAUACUGAUGGUGUUUUGACUUCUACACAGCAGGAUGAAUACUUUGAAGCCACUUUUUCUACCUUCCAACCUUUUUCCUUCUGCUCCUGGUCUUCUCCACUAUAAUUUUUUAUUGCUUGCUAACACAAGGGCAUAUUUGUCCAACUUUCCCACUAUGGGGGUAUUUAUUGAAUUAAGAAAAUUGAUCACCACAACCUGAAUACAAUUCUGCCUUUUUAUAUUCACUUGUACAGGAUUCUUAGGGACAUAUCACUCUCUCCCAUAUCUCACCAACUGAUAAAUAUGUCCCUAAGAAUCUAAUAUAAGUAAAAAGAGAUCAGUGGAGUUUUAAAUAUGCCCUGUAGUGGGAAAGUUGGACUGCUGUGUUCCUGACUACACUGAGUAGCAGGAGCAGAAAAGUACUAAUUUUCGCACAGCAAUGCAUCAGCUGUACUGUUUGAAUUUAGAAAGUUUGGACACAGAAUGCUUA